UCUUUACUCCAAAGGCCGCGUUCUUGGUUUCAAGCGUUCGAAACGCAAUCAAUCACCAAAUACGACAUUAAUCAGAAUUGAAGGUGUCUUGACUAAAGAAGACACACAAUACUAUCUAGGAAAGCAUGUAGCCUACGUAUAUCGUGCUAAGCGUGAGGUAUUUGAAUCAAGAUUCGCGUCAUUUGGGGUCAUGUAA